CGACUCGAACAUAAUUCGAACACAUUUGGCUGGGAAAGUGCCAGGAAAAGUCCCAUCCGACUAUAUUCCACUUUCAUUCGAAAAUUUAACGCCCGCGCUGCAGGCGCGUUGCUCCGGUUGAAAAAUAUCACAAAACAGAAAAUAUUACUAAAAACAACGAUAUUGGAUAAAUCACCGGGAAAAAUAUCGAAAAACGAUAUUUGGUUUCUUGUAAAAAUAUUGUUUUCUAAGAUAUUUUCAUACAUUUUUCGGGAUCCGGCAAAAAAGAUACACCUCUAUCUUUCGCGUUGAUAAACAAAUUCCCGCACCGAAACGUAUUUGUCGCGCAAUUUGUGAAAAAGUUAUUGGUCUAUUGUGUACAUUAAUUAGUUAAUGGGUAAUUGCUCAAUUUAUAAACAUGUGCAAUUGAGUGCAAUACUUAAGCCAGAAACAAAGUGGAUAAAGGAAAAUAAAUAAGGAAAAACCAAGGAAAAUAUGCUCAGAAAAGCCAGCCGUAGCCUACUUAUCGCAUAAAAAGCCGGUACGGUUUCGUUAACGGAUUGCCAUAUAAUCGCCGUCGCGUUAAUUGCGCCCCGCCCCCUGCAUCCCGAUUAUAUAUAUCCGACUAACUGUUAUCGCGCCCGUGUGUGUGUGUGUCUGCCUCUGUGUGCGUGAGCCUCUGUAUCCUGUACAUAUGUACAAUAUUUGUCGUCGUCGUCGUGCAUCGUUGUUGUUGUUCUUGCUGUUAUCCUUAUUAUGCAUCGUCCGCUGGCAUUAAUCUGCGUAUAAAGUAUAAAAUAUAAAAAAUUUGUGUUCUUCGGUGUUGUCUCGUGUAAGUGUCUAUAAUUUGUUUAAGUACGACAAGCGAUCGGUGCGAAUCAAAAAAUUCUCCUGUCUGUGUGUGCAAAUUGAUAAUAACGCUAUCGAAACAACAACAGCAAAAACCAAAUCAAUCAAUCAACGUCAGCAAAAAACCAAUAAACAGGAAUUACUGGGACUACUAAAUUUGUCAAUCUUCAAAUUAUUUUGGAUCCAGGCGUCCACCGAGUUUCAACGAGUUUCAAAAGAUUUCAACUCAUAAAAUCGAUUUUAUUGGAAACCAUUUGAAAAGAUAUGACUGAACUUUCAACCUUUAACUCAUUUGUUUUCCCAUAAAUAUCCCAAAGACAAACUGAAACCUGUUGUAAACAAAAAAGUAAUAGUUGUUAAAUAAAAAAAUAAUCAAUAUAUUUGCCAUACUCAAUAUCCAUUUAUCGAUUAAAGUAAAUUCAGACGCAGUAACUCUAAAUCACGCACAGCCAAUUCAAAACAAAAAUAAAAUCAAAUCCAUUUAAAUACAAUAAAGUUAGACGAAAAGCACACACAGAAAAUCAACAAUAAUAAAUGUUGCAAAUUUAAUCAAACCCAACUGAAAUUUAACAAAUUUUUAUGCAAAGUAGAAAUGUUAAAUUUACACAAUACAAACCACAAUAACAACAGCGCCAAGAACAAGCAUAACAACAGCCAUAAAAUGCAUUUGAAAAGUGCAACGGCAAAAGCAACAAUAAUGAAACAUAAGUUAAGCAAAUUUUACGGAUACGGUUGGAUGCAAGUCUUCCUACUACUUACAGUCCUCGUGAUUGGUAAUCAAAGUGCCUGGCAGGAGAAUAUACGACCAAAACUUUACGUUGAAUUAGGUCCCGAAGAUGUACUGAAGUUUGUGGGUAACGAAAGUGUCGUGGAUCACUUCAAGCUCGUCACCAGGGAUGGCAACAGUCUGCUCAUCGGUGCCAGAAAUACGGUUUUUAAUUUAAGCAUACAUGAUCUCGUUGAGCAGCAGCGUUUGGUCUGGACGUCGCCGGAGGAUGACACCAAAAUGUGUGUCGUCAAGGGCAAAGAUGAGGAGGCCUGUCAGAACUACAUUCGCAUCAUGGUGGUGCCAUCGCCGGGUCGCCUCUUCGUUUGCGGCACCAAUUCGUUCCGGCCAAUGUGCAACACUUACAUCAUCAGCGACAGCAACUACACGCUGGAGGCCACGAAAAACGGACAGGCGAUGUGCCCCUACGACCCCCGUCACAACUCCACCUCUGUGCUGGCUGACAACGAACUUUAUUCCGGGACCGUGGCGGAUUUCAGCGGCAGCGAUCCGAUUAUCUACCGGGAGCCACUGCAGACGGAGCAGUACGAUAGCCUAAGUCUCAAUGCGCCAAACUUUGUAAGUUCAUUUACGCAGGGAGACUUUGUCUAUUUCUUCUUUCGGGAAACCGCUGUGGAGUUCAUCAACUGCGGCAAGGCGAUUUAUUCGCGAGUUGCCCGCGUCUGCAAGUGGGACAAAGGUGGCCCGCAUCGUUUCCGCAACCGCUGGACAUCCUUCCUCAAGUCCCGCCUCAACUGCUCCAUUCCGGGCGAUUAUCCGUUCUACUUUAAUGAAAUCCAAUCGGCCAGCAACCUGGUGGAGGGACAGUAUGGCUCGAUGAGCUCGAAACUGAUAUACGGAGUUUUCAACACGCCGAGCAACUCGAUUCCCGGCUCAGCGGUUUGUGCUUUCGCCCUGCAGGACAUAGCCGAUACGUUUGAGGGCCAGUUCAAGGAGCAGACCGGCAUCAACUCCAACUGGCUGCCAGUAAACAAUGCCAAGGUUCCCGACACGCGUCCCGGUUCUUGUCACAACGAUUCGAGAAUGCUUCCGGAUCCCACAUUGAACUUCAUCAAAACACAUUCACUAAUGGACGAGAGUGUGCCGGCAUUUUUCAGUCAACCGAUUUUGGUCCGGACGAGCACAAUAUACCGCUUCACUCAAAUCGCUGUAGAUGCACAGAUCAAAACUCCAGGCGGAAAGACAUAUGAUGUUAUUUUUGUGGGCACAGAUCACGGCAAGAUCAUCAAGUCGGUAAAUGCCGAAUCCGCCGAUUCCGCGAAUAAGGUCACCUCAGUGGUCAUCGAGGAGAUUGAUGUUUUGACCAAGAGUGAGCCCAUUCGCAAUCUGGAGAUAGUUAGAACCAUGCAAUACGAUCAACCAAAGGAUGGCAGCUACGACGAUGGCAAAUUAAUCAUUGUGACGGACAGCCAGGUGGUAGCCAUACAAUUGCAUCGUUGUCACAAUGACAAAAUUACCAGCUGCAGUGAGUGCGUCGCAUUGCAGGAUCCGUACUGCGCCUGGGACAAAAUUGCUGGCAAGUGCCGUUCCCACGGCGCUCCUCGAUGGCUGGAGGAGAACUAUUUCUACCAGAAUGUGGCCACUGGCCAGCAUGCGGCCUGCCCCUCAGGCAAAAUCAAUUCGAAGGAUGCCAACGCAGGGGAACAAAAGGGCUUCCGCAACGACAUGGACUUAUUGGAUUCGCGACGCCAGAGCAAGGAUCAGGAAAUCAUCGACAAUAUUGAUAAGAACUUUGAAGGUCCCCAAAUCUCUGCAGAUAUAAUCAAUGCCCAGUACACGGUGGAGACCCUGGUGAUGGCCGUCCUGGCCGGUUCGAUCUUCUCGCUGCUGGUCGGCUUCUUUACAGGAUACUUCUGCGGCCGACGAUGCCACAAGGACGAGGACGAUAAUCUGCCGUAUCCGGAUACAGAGUACGAGUAUUUUGAGCAGCGGCAAAAUGUCAAUAGCUUCCCCUCGUCCUGCCGCAUCCAGCAGGAGCCCAAGCUGCUGCCCCAGGUGGAGGAGGUGACGUACGCGGAACCGGUGCUUCUGCCCCAGCCGCCGCCGCCAAACAAGAUGCACUCGCCAAAGAAUACGCUGCGCAAGCCGCCGAUGCACCAAAUGCACCAGGGUCCCAACUCGGAGACGCUCUUCCAGUUCCAGCCCGAUGGCUACAACACCCAGCAAUCCUAUCGCGGUCGCGACAAUUUCGGAACACUGCGUUCCCACCAGGUGAUGGGCGACAACUAUAGACGCGGCGAUGGUUUUUCCACCACCCGCAGCGUCAAGAAGGCUGUAAACAACACAAACACACGUAACAGAAGUCUUGGUCGCGCAAGAAGACAGCCGCCCCGUCAUGGCAUUGUAACUCAACACCGUUCGAAUAGCCCCCAGCAGCAGCAGCAGCAGCAACAGCAGCAGCAGCACCAGUCCCAGCAGCCGCACUCCAGUUCCGGCUCCUCGCCCGUAAUGUCCAACAGCAGCAGCAGUCCGGCUCCGCCAUCCAGCAGUCCCAGUCCGCAGGAGAGCCCCAAGAACUGCAGCUACAUCUACCGUGAUUGAUUGAUAUGCAACACCAAAUCGAUGCCACUCAUCCAGGCCCAGUCCACGCACAACCCCCAGUCACAGCCACAGCCACAGUCACACCCCAAGUCACAGCCACAGCCACACCCCGCCUCCGGAUUGAGUACGCCCCCCGCCCAGCCACGACCUAGGAGUCCAAUGAUCGGCCGGACAUACGCCAAAUCAAUGCCCGUGACUCCAGUUCAACCGCAAUCUCCGGCGCUGGCGGAGACGCCCUCCUACGAGCUCUACGAACGCCACUCCCACUCCAUAUUCCACUUCGACGACGAUGUGGAUGAGGAUGAGGAUGAGGACGACGACAAUGACGACGAUGAGGACCUGGAGGACACCUCAUCGCUGGCCAUGAUCACACCGCCGCCGCCCUAUGACACACCGCACCUGCUUACAUCGCCACCAUUGCCGCCACCACGUCGAUUUCGUUUUGGCAACCGGGAGCUGUUCAGCAUGAGUCCGGCCGGAGGAGGUGCCACGCCCACACCCUCGGGCAGCUCCACCAAUCGCUGCAGCAGCAGUGCCAUAACGCCCACCAAGCUGAGUGCCGCUGCAGCCGCCAUGUUCGCCGCCCCCCAAAUGGCCACCCAGCUCAACCGGAAGUGGGCCCAUCUGCAGCGGCGACGGCGCAGACGGAACAGCAGCUCCGGCGACUCCAAGGAGCUGGACAAGCUGGUCCUGCAGUCCGUCGACUGGGACGAGAACGAGAUGUACUAGCAGACAAGCCGCCAAUGAGUUAGCAGAAAGAAUUCCCUUUAAAAUUGUAUGCAAUUUCACCUUUUCGGAAGUAGAAACAAACAAAAUUCUGUAAAAAAGUGAAAUUGUAUUAGUUGGAAAUUCAGAUCUAAAGAGAACUACAAGUUUUUUGAGCCAUGUUCUCUGCGCUUAUUUAGGUGUAAUGUUCGGUUAAUGUUAGGGAAGUAAAUAGUAACUGAUUUGUAAGUUGUUAGCUUAGACUUCAGGGGAGCUCAAGUUUUUCAAUAACUUUCUUUAAAGGCUUUUUUGUGCUUUCCUUCAUAAGAAGUUUAUAAAAAAAUUCGAAACUCAUAAUAACUUAAGAAAAUUAAUUAGGUUUCUUCAAUUAUUAACGCCUUUGCCCUUAUGAAUCCAAUGAAGUUUAUACAAAAUUCUAAAAUCAACAUUUCUCAAGAAAAUUAAAUCGUUUUUUUGAUAAAUAACAUUAGAUAUGCCUUUGCAUGUUUUUUUCCCUUUCUGAAACAAUGAUUUAAAAAAAAAGGAAUAGGUUUUUUAAAUUAAUAACAUAUUUAAACGGCUUGGCAUUUGUUUUUUAAAAAUUGCAGUUACAAUAUUUCAAGAAAAUGUAAUUGAUUUUUUGAAGGAAAGUAAGAUAUAUGCCAAACCUUUUGAGAAAUUUAAAUGCCUGACUAAAAUUAUUUUAAUAACGAAAUUCCCCCGACAAAAGUUAGUAACCUUACAGAAGUUUACUACUUACUUCCCUAACAAGUACAAAAAAGUUCUCAUUUUGAAGUGGCGAUAGAAUAUAUAUAGUCGCUUAUGGCUAGGGCGUAUUACAACCCUUCCCCUUACCAUUCUCCUUCCCUCGACAUACAAAACAUACAACUAGCAAUCGAAAAAUCAUUAAUUAGCGUUAGGAACUGGAUGGGGACUUACUUACACACAAAAAGCCAGAGAAGUUAUACACGAAAUUUAUAGUUAUAUAGCCUUUAUACAUAUUCCCAGAUCUGCUAAGUAUACACAUGCAUAACAUAACGUACGUAUAUAUGACUCUAUAUAUACUAAUUGAUUAUAUAGACACGGUUCAAGAGAAACGGCUACGCUAAACUAGAGCUGCAAAAUGAUAUUGUUAAUUACCUUUAGCGAAAAAACUCAACAUUUGUAAAUAUUAAUAAUAAUGAUAUACAAGACGUAACGUAAUCUAAGCAAACCUUAUUCGAAUAGUGUAUACACGAUAUACAAGAUUUUUUGCAUUUAACCCAGAGAAAUUAAAAAUAGAAGAAAUUUAAAUGGCAUAACAAGUGGUUAAGGAAGAUGAUAAAACAAAACGAAACGCUUAUUACUGAUUUACACAAAAGAAAUGAAUUACCGAAAUAGUAGGAGGGCGAACAAAUUAGUCUUAAGCCGUCAGAAAUCGGGGAUAUAUAAGGGGAUUGCAUUCGGGAUUCAUUCCGAACUGGAACUGCAUCUGCAACUGGAACUGCCAAUCGCAAUACAGCGCUCCCAUCGAAGUCGAAUCCAUCGAGUGCAUUUUCCAUUGUCAAUUUAAUUUGCAAAGCCUCAAGCUAUAGUACUUCUCCAGACUCCUCUGCUUUAGUCUGCUAUAGGAAAGUGUAAAUUAUGUACAGGACUAUACGCAUUAUAUUCAACCGAUCUGUACAGAAAACAGUAUGUGCGAUAUGUGCCAUAAUUGGGUAUGUGCCCACCUUGAGUUUAGUUGUUAUUGUUUGCAUUGAUUCAGAAUAGGUCUUUACUGAGAACAGAACUCGCUGUCUUUGUAUAUAUAUAUAUACAUAUAUAUACGAAUAUAUAUGCAUGAAGAGGGACACACAAAUUUCAUGUGAAGUGAUCGAUCAAAAUUUAGUGAAAGCAUUAAAAGUAAACUUUAGCCUAGCCACAUAGGGUUUGUAUUAUAGAUUGAGCCGGAGGGCGGAACAAAACUUUUGAAAAUAUUUUCACUAGGGGCAUUGCUAAUGUUGUUCUCGUAAUAGAGUAUAUUAGAAAUAGGCUAAGCUAAUCGAUAUUCAAUAUUUUGUAUGAGAAACAUUAAAAUCAUCCGAUCAAACUUGGAAAUUGCGUUGCAAGACGAGUAAAAAAAGCGUAGAAAUAUCUAAAUCAAAGCAAAUGUAUAAACAACAAACACAUAACAGCAGUAGUUUAAAAGAAAACCCACACAAACGUAAGCGUAUAUAUUGAUUAAUAUAUACUUUAUGCAGCUGCAAUUUAAUGCUUUUUAUAUGCAAUUUUACUUUUUGACAAAGUGUAUACAACCGAAGGAAAGUCAACAAAAAAAGAAACAACAAUUUACAUUUAGACAGCCAAAGACACAAAUGAUUAAUAAAUUUUCUUUUAAUUGUUUGUGCUUAUUUUUAAAUAGUUUUAUUUGUACAUACAUAUAUUUUUAACUAAUGUAUACUGCUCUUAAGGACAUGUAACACAAUGAUAUCUGUUUUAGUUUAUUUAGUUUUUAAAUUGAUUGUUUUUUUGUUAUUCGUAUAGAAUACAGUGUCGCGUACUUUUGAAAGCAAUACAAACACUUAAAAAUGUAUAAGCAAAUAAUAAAAACAAAGAUUCAGACACAUAGAGUAGCAGCAGAUGGAUAAAUCUUAGGAAUACACUAGAGUUUUGAACUAAUUCUAGAUCUACAUCAACUACUUAUACAAUUGCAUACAAGUAUUAACUGAAUCAGAUCAUUAACUUUUAUACACUUUACCAUUUACAUAUAUACAAGCAAACGGAAUGCCGAUUACCGAUUAUUCAAUAUACAAGGCAAAAUCUAACAUGUAAUUGUAAUUGGAAGCCAGGCUGCAAUUGAAAGGUUUUACAUUAAAAAUAAUGCCUACAGACAUAAACCAGCAACAACAGUAACAAGAGCAGAAAAUUCAUGAAUAUAUACUUAUACAUAAAUAUAGAUGACCCAUAUACAAACACUAAUUAGAUACUUUAGAAGAGAGAUUCUCUAGAAAUGCUUUUAAAUUAAAAAAAAAAAAACAACAAAAAAAAAGGAACAAAAAAUGAAAUAAUAAACAAACAAAAAUAACUGAUUUAAGCAAAGUAUUUUAUUAAAAACACUCAAUAACGAAAAAGCAGAGUCAAAGGACAAAAAAACACAAAAAAAUCUAUAAAUUUCUUAAAACUUUCAGCAAAAGGCAAACAUUUGUGAGAUAAGCCAACUCAGACACUUUUUUAGAAGCGCAGAAAUCGGGGUUUACGAUAACGAUGUUCACUACGACGUCGUUGAAAAUACUUUAAAGAUAAUUAUAAGCUAAAUGAAAACGAUUUUUAACUUUAUCCAAGACGAAACCAGAUUGUAGCGGGCGCAUUCAUAUUUGCUAAUUAGCAACUUAUUAAACUAUAACGAACAACAAACAUUUAAAAUUAAAUUAGAGCAGAAAGCAGGAACCCAAAAAAAAAAUAAACAAAUUAAGAAAUAAAGAAGAAAACAAUCCAUGACAUGACACACCCAAGAUUUCAUUUUUCAUUAAAAACGAUAUAUAUUCAAGUGCUUCUUACAUAAAAUAAAUAUAAAUAUAU